AUGCCUAGUCUCAGCUUGGCAUCCAGACCAGCAUGGCUUCCAUCGCCUAACUUCCUUGGCAUCGUGGUCGCUCGGUAUAAUGAGCCCCUCAAUCCGUGGGCUGAGGUGGCAUCAAACACAUAUCUGUAUGCCAAAUCCAAUAUAACACAGUCCAGCGACAACGUCUCACAUGACUCGUUCCGCCUUUACGAGCAACUUCCCAACGCUGGCCGCGAGGGGCAAACCUACUGCCACCAUAUCUACUCCCACUACGACGCAUUGGAACCAAUUGUCAUCUUUUCCCAAGCAGCACCUUUUGACAUGAUCGGGCCGGAAACAAAUUCAACACAAGAGCUCGUGGAAAAGGCUCUGCAGACCCCAGAGUCCGAGUAUGAUCCAGUGACAAUUUACAACCACGAUCUUCUUCACGAUCUCGCUGAAUGGAAGAAAAUCAACUGGUCUUCUCCGGAUGAGUCGUAUUGGAUUACACCAAAUCAGCUCAAGUCACUGACCUAUGCGCCGUAUGAUAUGGCGACUUUCUGGGAAACGAUGUUCGGUGUGGAUCACCCUGCUGCGGUUAGAGUUCUGCAUGGUGCGAUCUUUGCGGUGAGGCGAGAGGCUAUUUUGCAGCACCCGAAGGAUCUCUACAGGGAGUGUUUGGAUCAAUUUGUCACGGCCGGGAAGGGAGCUGUUAACCCCGAGGUGGGCUUCUUUAUGGAGCGAAUUUGGAUGGCAUUGUGGAGCAAGAAAUUUUGGCUGUCAGCAUAG